UAAGCAGCUGAACUGCACCGUGGUUGGACUUGAUCGGGCAGGACUGGGCUGGGCUGCAGGACGAGCAGUGGUGGACGCUGUGCGCGCUCGGUGCGCGGAUCCCCCCGCAGCCGCUGGAUUCACAGUAUGAUACCAGAUCCAGAACAUGGUUUGGCCGAUUUCCCCAUCCUGAGCCUUCGCACACUUGCUGGACACUUUGAUGUGGACACGGGGAGGACGGGGGAUGUAGUUGCCGUGGAUUAAUGAGGAGUACACAUGGACUUCGAUUUUUCCCUGAGAUUAUUGGCUUAUAAUUUGUUAUCAACCUGCCUUGGCCAUGGAGAACCAAGCAGCCGAGCCGCAGAACUAUGAAGAUGUACAGAAAAGCGGUUAUCUCCGCAAGCAUAAAUCAAUGCACCGGCGAUUCUUCGUGCUGAGGGCGGCCUCGGAGCAUGGUCCUGCUCGGCUUGAGUAUUAUGAGAACGAGAAGAAAUUCCGCAGUAAAUCACCUGUGCCCAAAAAAGUCCUGAACCUCGAGACUUGCUUCAACAUCAACAAGCGGGCAGAUUCCAAGAACAAGCACAUGAUAGUCCUUUAUACCCGCAGCGAGAGCUUUGCCAUCGCUGCAGACAGCGAGGAGGUCCAGAACGAGUGGUACCAAGCAAUGCUGGAUCUCCAGUGCAACUGUAAAACUCCUGAAGACUAUGGCAGUAGUGGAGAGUGUAGCUCUCCAUCUCCUGUUCCAACCUUCAAGGAAGUGUGGCAGGUCAAGGUCUGGCCUAAAGGUCUUGGACAUGCCAGGAACUUAGUGGGCAUCUACCGGCUGUGCCUAACUGACAAAACAGUCAACUUUGUCAAACUCAACUCUGAUGUGGCCGCUGUGGUGUUGCAGCUGAUGAAUGUUCGCAGGUGUGGCCAUUCGGAGAAUUUUUUCUUCAUUGAGGUGGGUCGCUCAGCGAUUACCGGCCCUGGAGAGUUCUGGAUGCAGGUUGAUGACUCUGUAGUGGCACAGAAUAUGCACGAGACCUUGCUGGAGGCCAUGAAGGCCCUGAGUGAGGAGUUCCGUCAACGCAGUAAAUCACAGUCUGUGGGAACGUCAUGUGGAGGUGGUACUGCUUCAAAUCCCAUCAGUGUCCCGAGCCGUCGUCAUCAUCCAAAUCUACCACCAAGCCAGGUGGGCUUCUCCAGACGAGCACGCACAGAGACCCCUGGAACAGGAGGCAGCAGCACAAGCACUUCACCUACGUCACGCCACGGGUUUCCGAGGGCGCGAACGGCCAGCAUUGGGGCCAGGUCGGAGGAGGGCGGAGCAAGUGCCAAAGGGACAUGGGCUAGCUCCAGCCCAAGUCUUAAUGGAUCUUGCUCAACUACGCCAACACUCAGGCCCAAACCCACCAGGGCCCCAACCCCUGCUAAGAUUACCCUCAGCCUUGCACGUUACACACCUAACCCCGCUCCCUCUCCAGCACCGAGUCUGUCCUCCAGCUCCGGUCAUGGAUCAGAGUGUGGCCUAGUGGGGGCAGCAGUGGGAGGCAUGACAGUCUGCUCCUACCCUCGUGUUUCUCAAAGAGUUUCUGUUUCAGGUUCACCGAGCGACUACGGCUCCUCAGAUGAGUAUGGUUCCAGUCCUGGGGAACACUCUCUGCUUGUACCCAGUCUGUCUGGACAUCAUGUACACGGAGAAGGCUCCUCCAGCUAUAUAGUCAUGGGACAGCGAGAGGGUCUCCUUGGUUCCCACCAUCGCUCCAAAGGCCGACGGAUUCUGCGGCGCUCAUCCAGUCGGGAAUCUGAGGCAGAACGCAGACUACUAAGUAAGAGGGCUUCCCUGCCUUUGGCAGCCCACGAACGACUGACCCCACAAAGAAAAGAUGAAGAUGACGAAGAUGAUGAAGAAUAUGCCAUUAUGUCACAGAGUGCUAACAGAGAGAGAGCUGAUUUGCACCAUGCCUCAGGGGGUCUGGCAGUUGGGGGUGGGCACCUUGAUGUAGUAGGGGAGAAUAGGAAGAGGGCUGACAAAAGCAGGGGAGAAGUGGAUGCAGGAAAAGCUGUGGAUAGUGGCUAUAUGUCAAUGCUGCCUGGAGUGACGUCUCCUCCUGUUUCACUUUCUCUCUCAAUAGGUAUGUCUGACGCCAGUGCUAAACCUGGGGCAGAUGAUGAGUAUAUGGCCAUGACCCCCAACAACAGUGUGUCCCCUCCUCAGCACAUCCACCAGCCCAGCUCAGAGGGCUACAUGGUCAUGUCUCCCAAUAGCAGCAGCUCCACAGACCUGCAUGGACUGGGCAUGUGGGACAGCAGGGCCAACAUGGAGAGUCGGGCUGCCAGUGACUACAUGAACAUCUCACCUGUCAGCAGCCGCUCUGCUUGCAGCACACCACCUUCCCACCCUGAGCAGCACCAACUGCAACCAAAAAUGUUCAAUUCUUAUUUCUCCCUGCCACGAGCUUAUCAACAUACUCUCUAUACUCGCUUUGAGGAGGACUUAAACAAAGGGGAAGGAAAAAAGGACAGCAGUGGACAUAGUAGUGCUGAAAGAGGAGGGGGGGUGGGAUACAGCAAGAGAAACAAAGUUGCAGUGGGCUCUGCAGGAGCCUGCCAACUCUCCAUGUCUUCCUCUUCUUUCUCCUCCAGCUCAGCCAGCAGUGAAAGCCUGGAGGACAAGUCCAUAUCAGCGGGGAGAGGGUUAAGUUUAUUAAGAACUGGAACAGAGUACAAGAGUGCAGGAACCUGCACAAAAGAUGGACGACACCAUCAAAAACGUGGAUCAAGUAGUAAGAGCCCAAAGCAACAAAGGAGGGGUCGUCCCCUCAGCGUGUCUUCAGACAUCACUAAAGCAAACACCCUGCCCAGGGUGAAGGAGAAUGUGCCGCCAUCGGUGUCUCAAAACGUCGGUGAGUAUGUCAGUAUUGUGUUCAAGGAAGACAAUAAGUAUGACGCAAGACGAUGUGCCGGUUCUGAACAGGCACAACCUGUGAUCCACGGAACCCUCCGGCCCCUGAAUCAACCACUCCUCUGCCACGAUAAUCCUGCUAACCUCCCACGCAGCUUCUCUGCACCGUUGUCCACCUCUGCUGAAUACGUCAGCAUGGAUUUAGGGAAGUCCUCAACACCCCUGACUCCUGUUAGGUCCACAUUCAGCACCCCACAGAGUUCACCAGCUGUGGCCCCCAAGGCCCGACAUGAACACGGCACAUCCUCUCCUCUGGCAGCAGAGGGAAAUGCCGGGUACAGAACAAAAGUAAAGAUGGCAGCAAUGCCAACGGAUGCGGCCACUCCAUUUAUGGACAACAAAGGCUCAGAUCCUAGCAUUUCAGCAAGAUCUGCCAUCCACUCUGUUCCACCCUCAUCUAUGGAGCAGGAGACAGGUUUGGGUUUUUCCCCAGUCAAGUCCUUCCAGUCUCCUGAGCGGAGUAGCAGACUGGUCCGAGGUGACCCACAGGGACGGCGGAGCCACCGCUCAGAGACAUUUAACUCACCUCCCUCUCUACCACGCCACCCACCCUCUUCUACCUCCCUUUUCCCAGAGGGCAGUCAGGCAGCGAGCCAUCGGAAUGGUUUGGACUGCUCACUGUGGGAGAACGGGCAGGCAGCUAGUUUGUCUGCCACACCUCCACCACCACAAGCCUCCACCUCAUCUGCUGAACAAGGCCUUAACUACAUUGACCUUGACUUGGCCAUUAAGGAGAGCCCUCAAGCUGGAGUGGAGCGUACCUCUGCCGCCUACAACAUUGGAGGAAGCGCAAUGGGUAGCAGUGCUGGCUCCAGCCUCAACACUUAUGCCAGUAUUGAUUUCUAUAAGUCAGAAGAACUGAGAGCACACCAGAACAGUAGAAAGGAUGGCCAAGAUUGUUGAUCUUCGCCCUUGUCUUGGAUCUGAGUGUGACGCCAGUGUGACAGCUCGGCACUCAGUCAGUGAGGGGACGGUCGGUGGGCCAAUUUGUUGCCAUAAUAGAGCUGGACACUGGAGUCUGAACACUGAAACCAUGGAAAACACAUCCCCAUCCUGUCCGCUGUUUCUGUCAACCAAAUGUGUGCCAAACACACACACACACA